CUCACGUAUACAGCAGGUGUGGCAACCGCUGAACCACAACUUACGGUACAAGUUUAUCGAGGGCUCAAGUUACGCCUCCAUGUUUUGUGUUUAUUAUAGUUAUUGAGACGGUCGGGAGACGGAGGUUCGCUGUGUCGUUGCUCGGGCAGGGGAGACUUGUGAGGUUUCAUUGAGUUGCCCACAGAAAAGGUUUCGCAGCUUACGUAAGCUAGGACAGAAAGACGACCCAGUAGGAAUCGAGACUGCGAUCGAAGGCUGACCGUAGCGAUUGCCUUUCCUGUGUUCUAAUAUCAUUUAUUAGUAAGGCGUUAUAAAUCGAGUGUCUUAGUUUAUAGCACUGAGAUUGAAGCUGCGUUUCGGUUUAUUGCAGGAAUACAUUUAAGCUGAACCAUUGUUUACGACAGACAUUUCUGCUGAUUAUGGCCGCGGGAAUAACACGGAAACCAGAGCGUGGCUAUGGGCGGUGGGAUCCUUCCGAAGACGGAGUCACCCUCACCUGGAGAGACGUGAGCGUGUACACGAUCGUCAAGGAAAACCUCGGUUUCUGUAGACGAACUAAACCAACCUACAAGAGAAUAAUUAACGAUGGAGCAGUGAAGCCUGGGAGUUUGGUAGCCAUGCUAGGGGCAAGUGGAGCUGGGAAGAGUACACUCAUGGCUGCCUUGGCCUAUAGAAACCCAGCUGGUGUGAUUGUUGACGGGGACAUAAGGGUGAACGGACGUCCCAUUGGUGAUUAUAUGCACCGUCUGUCAGGGUUCAUGUACCAGGAUGACUUGUUCGUUAGCAGCCUUACCGCCCAAGAACAUCUCUUCUUCAUG